AGGUCAUUCAUCAGCCUCUCUGUAGGCCCCUGAGGAGCACAAGGGAGAGCGUGUGCAAACUACCCCUCUUCCCGGCCAGUGCAACAGAACCCCACACACAUUGCACUUACACAGUAAGUCACAUCAGAGUUUUGAAGACGUUGGUGUUGAGGCAUCGGCCGUGAAACUUGCUGCAGAAAUGUGCACCAUUUUUCUUAGAGCUGUGGUUCUGGAAAGCUAUAAGGGCAGAGAGAGCUGUCACUUAGAUGGAGUCCAGGACGUUUUGCUGAGAACGUCACCCGCAAGGGAAGUAAAAUAGACUUUAGAUGUGGCCAUUUAUGGAGGUAAUGCCACAACUGGAAGUAGAGCAAACUGAAGCUGACGCUUGUUAACAGUACAGUUCAUCAGUUUCAGCUUAUCAGUAACCUGGUUCCUGUGUCUUAACCGAUAAGGAAAAUGGGAGGUUUUAAAAGAUAGCUAGUUAUUGCAUUUAGCAUAGAACUAUUAGAGAAACCGGUUUUUAGAGCGAAUAAACUCUGUUUGUAGAAAUCUGAGGAAGAACAAGUUCAUCAGACUGGUGAGAUACUGACAACGCUUUUUAGCUAGAAAUUGUAAGGAGCACCAACAAUCUCCUAGGGAAAAGGAUCACCAUCGUGUGUUGCAGAUUCAACCUGAAUCAUCUUGAGAGUCAGGCACCAACACUUGCUCAGGAUUGAGAGACUGAGAAUGAGACUUUGGGUCUUGACAAUUCUAUCAAUGCUUCUACCUUCCACAUCAGCUAAGUUUAUCAAAUCAUCUUGGGGCCUGGAAAAUGAGGCUUUAAUUGUGAAAUGUCCCCGACAAGACCACUCUCGAUACCCUGUGGACUGGUAUUACUCAAAUGACAAGAGUAUCAGCACCCAGGGAAGAAGCCACAUCGUUGCCUCAGGCGAGCGCCUUAAGUUUCUCCCAGCCAAAGUCAGCGACACUGGAUUUUAUACUUGUAUCAUCAGAAGUCCUACCUCCAAUAAGACUGGAUAUGUGAAUGUCACCAUUCACAAAAAACAACCAGGUUGCCAUAUUCCAGAUCAUCUGGUAUACACAACAACUUCUGGAUCAGAAAAAAAUUCCAAAAUAGUUUGUCCUACAAUUGACCUCUACAAUUGGACAGCACCUGUUGAGUGGUUUAAGAACUGUGAAGUUCUUCAAGGAUCAAGGUACCAAGCAUACAGGGCAUUUUUGCUGAUUGACAAUGCAACCAGCAAGGACACUGGUGAUUACACAUGUAAAUUUCUGCACAAUGAGAAUGGAGUCAAUUAUAGUGUGUCAGCAACCAGGUCAUUUACAGUUAUUGAUGAGCAAAGUGUUUCUUUGUUUCCAGAAAUUAUAGCUCCUUCACAAAAUGAAACAAAGGAUGUGGAAAUUGGAAAACCAGCAAACAUAACGUGCUCUGCUUGCUUUGGGAAAGGCCCUCAGAUCAUGGCAGACGUGCUGUGGCAGGUUAACGGAAAAAAUGUUGAGAACAAUAGUGAAGCAAGGAUACAAGAGGUACAAGAGCAAAAUCAAAGUUUCAGCAGUGAGCUGACUUGCUUAAACACCAUUUUAAUGAUAAAGGAGGUAAAGGAAGAGGAUUUAUCUCUGAAGUACAACUGUGCGGCCUUGAAUUUGCAUGGUUUGAGCAAGCGCACCAUGAGACUAAGGAGGAAAAAUUCAAGUAAGACAUGUCCCUGAGACUUAGGUCACCGGAAUUGGCUGUAUCAACUCUAAGCAAAAAUCACUUUCUUAGAGAACAGCAGAGUGUUGGAGUGUGGUUCCAGGGGAAUCCAUCAAGACAACAGAGUGGUCCAUCUCAUAAUUUGUCCUUCUCUAGAGAACGCUGACCAUUUGUAAUCUGGUCUUCUCAGAAUAUUUCCUGCUGUCUGGUCACAUCUCCACUGCUUCACUUCUUUAACCUCCUCUUCCUCUCCUCCCCCUCCCCCAUUCCCAGUCCCCCUCUUCCCCCUUCUUCUCCUUUCCCUCCUUCUCCUCCUCCUCUUGAUUCUUCUCCAAAAUCCAAAUGCUUCCUUGGCGGUUCCAGUCCAUUAACCCCAUCUCACUGUAUGUGAAAGAAAACACAACAGCAAACAGUGAUCACAUUGUUUUGUUACCUUUUAUAAUUUUUGUAACAAAUAUGUUCCCUUUUAUAACUUGUAAUUUUUUGUCCUAAAGAACACAUAUUUGUUUUUUUAGUGAGGUUGGCAAAGUGGAAGAAAAGGUAAAGCAUUUAAUUACUGCCUGGUCCAGUAGGAAAAAUUUAGCUGCUACUUUGUAAUAAGACAUGCCUUAUAAUUAUUAAACUUUAUAAGAUAUUAAAUUUAGGUGGAACUCAUGGGGAGUCUGGUAGCUCAGACAAUUUCUUUAUUGCAUCUGUUAUUCAACACGCAAUUCAAUUGUCACCUCUUCCAAGGAGCCUUCUUUGAACAGCAGUUUGGAGUACAUCCUUCACUGUAUUCCUAUGGCAUUCUGUCUCUGUCACUGCACUCAUUACACUUACAGAGAUCUGUCUGAAGGUUCUUCCCACAUGACUGUAAACUUCAUGAAGGCAGGAAUGACAUCUUACCCAUCUUGGCAUCCUGUGGUACAAGUGCCUGGCACCCAGCGCAUGCUCAGUAACUAUUUGUUGAAUGAAUAAAUGAACACACACUAAAGUUAUCAAGGAAAACUAUGUUUGUACACUUCUCUUUCUCUUGCUAUAAGCCUUAAUUACACUCAUAAAAA